AUGGAGAUGCGAGCAUUUAGGGAAGAGAUGCGGGAGGAACUGUGCUCUGCUUGCCUUGAAACAAAAUGGUUAAAUGAUACUGUGGCGGCGCUUACGGGUAGGCUCACAGAGUGCGAAGGUCGAGUUGGGGUUCUUAAUGAGCGUGUGAUUACACUUGAAACACGACUCACUACUGAAAAGGUGGACAAUGCUUCGCUUAUUGCUGAAAUUGACAGAAUGAAAUCGGAACUGAAUGAUCGAGAUCAAGAUCUAUUGCUUACGGAGCUUGAGGUGACUUGCAUACAGGAGCAGCCGAAUGAAAGUUUGCUACAUAUUAUCGGUACGGUUGCUACUAAACUUGGUGUUCAUCUGGAUGAACAGGAUAUUGUUAGUGUAGUGCGAAUGGGCCAUGUACUAGAUGCGUCCCAGACCUUUGCUGUGCUUCGCACGCGUCCAAUUGUAGUACGGUUGGCACGACGUGUUGUACGUGAUAAACUGUUGGAAGCUGCAAGGGUGCGUCGGGGUGUUACCACUGAGGGCAUGGGUCUUCCCGGUAAACCUGCUCAAUUUUUUUUAAAUGAGAGACUGACUAAAUAUAACGGAAUGUUGUUUCGGCGGGCGCGGCAGAUGGGGCGUGAGCGGGGAUGGCGUUUCAUCUGGUCGAGGAAUGGUCGAAUUUUUGCACGUCAGCAUCCUGGAGUCGGCUCCAUUCGUUAUGGUAUUCGUGCUGAAGCAGACCUUGACCGUGUUUUUGGCCUGGAGGCGGGGGGCGCUUAUUAUAACUAA